UUGUUGAACACGUUGUGUUGAUUCUUUGAUGUCUUUCUAAAAGAGCAAGUUAUGUGAUUAUUUUUGGACUGAUAAUGUUAAGAAGACAAGCUCGUCUACGAAGAGAAUACCUGUAUAGGAAGUCUAUUGAGGACAGAGACAAGACUAUCCUUGAAAAGAAACAACGACUUACAAAAGUUCUUGAUGAAAACAAAGAAAUUCCAUCAGACUUAAGGAAGGAUGCAAUUGAUAUCCAGAAAACAUUAGACUGGGAGGGCCCAGGAGCAGAGGGCAUUGUGAACCAUGUGGAUGAUGAGUAUAAAUGGGCUGGUGUGGAGGAUCCCAAAAUAAUGAUCACUACCUCCAGGGACCCUAGCUCUAAACUCAAGCAGUUUGCCAAGGAAGUGCGAUUAAUUUUCCCUAACAGUCAGAGAAUAAAUCGUGGUAACUAUGAAGUGAAGCAACUGGUUGAAGCAUGCAGGUCAAAUGAUGUGUCAGAUCUCAUCUUGCUCCAUGAGCACAGAGGUGUGCCUGAUGGCCUGAUAGUGUGUCACCUCCCCUUUGGACCCACGGCUUAUUUUACCUUGUCUAAUGUGGUGAUGAGACACGAUAUUCCUGACGUGGGAACAAUGUCCGAACAGUACCCUCUUCUCAUCUUCCACAACUUCUCCUCAAGGCUUGGGAACAGGGUGAAAAGUAUUCUGAAAUACUUGUUUCCUGUUCCUAAAGAAGAAAGUAAAAGAGUUAUUACUUUUGCUAAUGAUGAGGACUUCAUUUCAUUCAGGCAUCACAUCUACAAAAAGACAGAGAAAGGGAAGGAUAUAGAACUCCAGGAAGUUGGACCAAGAUUUGAAAUGAAAGUUUAUCAGAUAAUUCUGGGAACCAUAGAAAAUGCCGACACAGCAGACACUGAAUGGGUGUACAGGCCUUACAUGAAUACUACGCGAAAACGGAAAUUUUUGACGGACAGCUAGAGAAGAAAUCAUGUUUUAGUGUGUGUACUUUAUAAACGGUGACUAGUGAAAGAGAUCCCAUAAUCCAAAAAAAAUUGUGUUAAAAAAGCCUUUAACUGAAAGAUCCCAGCUGGAAAGAAAGGGUUACUGAUCGAUAUCCAUAUUUUCAUGUGCUGAAGAUAAUGGAAUUAAUUGAAGAGAAACAUUCAAUCUUUCCAGUUCUCUAAAAAUACUCUGCUGUUUUAAAUCUUAUGAGGUGAUGUCAAAUUUUGAGAAUUUCAAAGAUGUAAUUUUUUUUUAAUGAUAAAUUAAUAAAAAAACAUAAUGUAUGCUUUGCUAGCAGCUACACAUAGGUCAGAGCUGACAGUAAUAGAGUUCAAAAUUUGCCUCAUAGUAAACAAAUGUAAUUACACUGUACAUAUACUUCUGGUCAUCAAAUAUAAAAAAAGUUAGUUCUUGCAUAGAAAAGGUUGAAAUUCUAUAAACAGUAUUGUCAUGUGUACUGAUACAGUUUGUGAAAAAUGUAUUUGAGCUUUUAAGUUUGUUUCAGAAUCAGCAUUUAUUUGUAUAGAUAUUAUGGCAACAUAAAUGAAGUAAAAUAAGUUCAUGUGGA